ACAUUCACACUUACAUUCUUGCUUGAGUGAAAAUUUUAAAGUUUGAAGAUGAAAUCUCAGACUCAUUACACAGGUCAGAAAUGUAGUAAAUGUCUCACCCAUGGCAUCCUCAAUGCCGCUGAGGAUUUGAAAAUGAUGCUAAUUGCUUGUUACAAUUGUUUGAUAGAAGCUAUAAAAAGAUAUUUAAAAAAUACUACUGUUUGAAAAUACAACAGUUUAAAAAGAUCAAGGGAAGUUCUGGAAGAGAUAAGAAAGUAAAACACUUUCAGAAUUGGCCAUAUGCUAGUUGCACCAUUGUACUCUGCAUGAAGAGUCAUGAGAAGAUAACAAGAUACAAACUAAUCAGAAAAAGACUAUGUCUGUUGUAAGCAAAACAAUACUCAGAUAAGCCUAAAGCAUUUUUGAAGUACUUUGGACUGAUAAAGUAAAAUGGAACUCUUUUGACACAAUCACCUUGUGCCUGAAGUAAAAAGGAUUAACAUUUGAUAAAAGAACACCUUUCCAGGUUCAUUAGGCUUUGAGAUGUGUGAUAAUUCUGAAGCAUGUGUGCCAUAUUCUGUUGACAGGCUGAAAUGAAAUCCAAAACUUACCUCAUAAACUGCUUGACCUCAGAACUCUCAAAUGAAAUGAUAUUGAUAAUGCCAGAUCGUCUUUAUUUAUGUACAAUUACAAUUCUCAAAUGUGUGUCAUAAAUCUAAAACAAAUUUCAUUUCUUUACCUCGGUUGUUAUCUGAGCGUCUGCAACCUAAAGUUUAACAGUGACUUUAUAAGAAAUGUAUCUUGUGUGUGUGUGUGUGUGUGUGUGUGUGUGUGUGUGUGUGUGUGUGUGUGUGUGUGUGUGUGUGUGUGUGUGUGUGUAGGUUUGUGUAUAGGUUUGUGUCUGUUUGUGUGUGUGUAGGUGUGUGUCUGUGCGUGUGUGUGUUUGUGCGUGUGUGUAUGCUGGGUCUAUUGUUUUAAUAUGUUUAUCUCUGUAGAAACUAAAAAGACUCAAAAGGACCCACUGAUGCAGCUCAUCUCUCUCCAGAAGGCUUCAGGUUGCUGGGAAAUUGGUUCUACACUUGCAAAAGUGUUUGGGCAAACAGAAAAAGAGCUGAUCGAGAAGAUUCCUGCACAGGUGAAGCCAGAUGUCUGGGCUACACUUCUGGCUCUUAUUUGGUUGCACGGCAUAAAGAUCAAUGCACAGGUUGAGUGGCAGUUUUUGGCCGCGAAGGCAGUGUCAUGGAUCCGCAGUCAGAAAGUCAGAGUGUAUACAGGCAGGAAACUCUUUGCUGGGCUGUCAGGUUACAGAAGAUGCUCUUGGCCUCUGAAAUCUUUCAUCCCGCAGCAGCCACGAGAAAGUCUUAUUCUUUAAAAAAAAAAAAAACUUUCAUUAGCCUGAUUAUCUCUAUACCUGUAAAUGUAUUGCAACAGCAAGGCAGGUUUUAUUGUUUUUCUAUGGACUGAAUUCAUUUGGAUUUGAGAUUAAAAAAAAAUUAAUGAGACGGUAGAUCAGAAUUACAGCUUUAAAUCUCUGAUAUGUCCAUUUAGCUUAGAACAUGCUCCUUUUGUUUGAACACAUCCAUUUAUUAACUGAUCAAAAAUAUUGGCACAUGUAAAUGUCAGGUGUUUCGCAUUGCCCAGUUAGUUAAUAGCACUGAAUAUUUACUCUAGCUUUGAAAACCAGAGAGCUGUCAAUGGGAGAAAAGAAAACUUUUUUGAAUCUGAGAAUAGAGGGAAAUGGAUCAGAGCCAUUGCAAUAGUGUUGGGCAUAGCAAAUAAAACAAUUUGGAAUGUCCUGAAAAAGUAACCACUGGUGUACUAACGAGCAGAUGUUCAACAAAUGGGCCAAGGAAAACAACAGUAUUUUAAAAGAGUUAUGAUUUAAAACCCAAAUAUGACAGUCAGUGAUGUCUGUUCACGGGGCAGGUGUGAAUGUAUACCACAAGAUCUAAACAUCUUAUAAGCAGUAAGGAUCAGAAGGUUGGAUUGAAAUUCAAAAAGAAGUAAAGAGAUAAGUCAAGCUCUGAUGCAAUUAUUGCAAAUAAGGGCUAUGUAACCAAAUAUUAAGUGUUAUUUACUUUUGUUAUUAAUAUUAAUUAAUUAAUAUUUUGUUAUUAUAAUUGGAUGGUCUGCCACCAAAGGUGUUGUGUUAUUGAGUUUAACACAUCUAGAUGUAAAUGUCAUUAAAUAAAUGCUGAAAUUCUGAUCUAUUUUCUUAUCAUUAUUCCUUAAUAACAAACACAAGAAUACAAAAAAGAGAGAAUUUGCCUUACUGUACAGAACUUUUGAAUAUCUUUGCACAGAUUUGUUUGUCAAUUGCAAAGAAUUUAGUUAAAAUACAACAGUGACAUUAUGUUCAUAAAACUUAUAUACCUGAACUAUACAUAUAAACCUGAACUAUAGUUUCGUUUAGUUCAGGUUUUAGUUUAACAUGCACAUGAUGUUAUCCAACGAUUUCCAGAUGUAUAAAAUUUAAAAUAAUAGUUAAUGACAACAACAAUAUUGAAGUGAGGGAUUGAGGAGAAAGAGGGUUGGGCUUUUACUAUAUACUUUACUUUUAUUAUAUCUGCUAGCUAAAAUACUGUAUGUUUGCUUUACUUAAAUCUUACUUUUUAAGAGCUUAUUGUGAGAAAUCAUACAUUCUGUUAAUUGGUAAUAAUCUUAAUAAAACUUAUCUGUGCA